UUUUACAUACACUUAAAAAAAAACGCAUGACGGAUUUUGAACAGUUUGUAAAACUCAGGUGUGUUCAAGAAGUAAUUUUAGUUGACAGGGAAGAAUUCAGUAUUACUUUUUUAAAAUUCUGAAUGCAAGGAAAAGAUGAAAGGAAAACUCCAUAAAUUGUUAGUUUGUGCUGUUUACAUUAACUAUAAAAUGGAUGUAGGUUGGACCAGUAUAUAAAAUUCAUGCUAAAAUGAUUGUAAAACAACCUGCUAUAUAGGGCAGGAUGAGUGAAUGUCGAAAUUCAGGUGAUGCACCUGAAGAAGAACGGGCUGCUAUUGUUGCAAAAUAUGAACUGGGACGUCACGAUAAUUCCCAUAUUUAUCCUUGGGAAGAUCCAGGUUUUGAAGUGUAUCAUGUUACAGAUAGAUAUGGUUUUUUACAUGAUCAUCGACUUCCGGAGAAGCUUACAGCUCAUGAAACGAAGGUAAGAGAAGUGGAGAGUGAACGUCUAAACAAAUGGCUGAAAAUGCUGAAAAAUUGGGAUAAAUAUAGUGGUGGUGACAAGCUAAAAAGACGCAUUUACAAAGGUAUCCCUAAUGCAGUUCGUGGUGAAGUUUGGUGUCGGGUCUUAGAAGUUAAUCAGAUUAAGCAAGAACAGGAUGGAAAAUAUGUGGAAAUGCGAGAAAAAGCAAAGAUUUUGUCACCUGAUAUUCGACAGAUUGAUUUGGAUGUAAAUCGUACUUAUAGGAACCACAUCAUGUUUAGAGAACGAUAUAGUGUAAAGCAACAAGCUCUUUUCAAUGUGCUGGCAGCGUAUUCAAUUUAUAAUAUGGAAAUUGGUUACUGCCAAGGUAUGAGUCAGAUUGCUGCAUUAUUGCUCAUGUAUAUGAAUGAAGAGGAAUCCUUCUGGGCAUUGUCACGACUUAUGAGUGAUGAAAAACAUGCAAUGCAUGGGUUCUUUAUUCCUGGAUUUCCUAAAUUACAGAGAUUCCAAGAACACCAUGACAAAAUUCUGACUCGCUUAUUACCGAAACUGAAGAAACAUUUAGAUAAAUAUGAAAUACAUACCAGUCUUUAUACAUUAAAAUGGUUUUUCCAAUGUUUCUUAGACAGGGUACCAUUUACUUUGACGCUCAGGUUGUGGGAUAUCUAUAUAUACGAAGGGGAGACUGUUUUAACUGCAAUGUCUUACACCCUGCUGAAACUUCACAGAAAAACUCUUUUAAAAAUGAAUAUGGAGGAAUUAGUUGAAUUUCUACAAGUAAAACUUGAGCAAGAUUUUGGUUACCACGAUGAUGCAGCUGUUGAAGCACUUCAGGCAUCCAUGGAUGAAUUGCAUAAACAAAAGUUGGAACAUCCUGGUAGAGCUCCUGCUCAUGAACUUCCUCAGAAACCUUUUGGUUUGAUUGAAUCAUUCUUGCAUCCAGAAAGCAAAGCAAUCAAAGAAAAUGAUGAGAAAAACAAGGAAGUUAAACAAAAUGGCAUUAAUCAUAUUUUAGUGCCAGAAGAAGAUAUAACAGUGUAUGAAAUGAAUAAUCAGGAAGAAAAUAGUGGUUCUCAUUCUCCUGUUUGGAAAAGAAGAGAGGAAGUAGAAUCAGAUACUGAAAAUAUUAGCAACUUAAAUUACUGUAAGGUUUCUGAUAAUGUAGAAAAUGACAAUGGUAGUUCUAUUGUUGAUCCCCUGAGCUCAAGAAAUUCUUUGGCAGAGACCUCUCAAACCUCUGUAGCAGAUUUGUCUGCUUUAUCAGGUUUUUCAAGCCCCAGUACGACAUUAACAAGGCACAAAGAAUCGCACGGUGAGAGCAUGUCUCCCCAGAGUCCAGCAAUUCGUCCUGUUGAACUGCGACGCACGUUGUCCAUGUAUGAUAAUGUUGAUGCCAAAAUAUCUGCUAACAUCAUUUCCAGACAAUCUCCACCUUCUUCACGAACACACUCUCCUGAUGCAAUUCGUGUUUUUGUGCCAUAUGAAUAUUCCCCCACAUCGAAAGCCCCUUCAUCAUCCACAUUGUUGCUGGAUCGUUCUCCAACGCAUUGCGCCUCAAUGACUCCUCCGAAUGGUGACAUUACCCCCACAAAUCAAGAUCCUAACAAAAUAACAAUUUUAGUAAACAUAGACUAUCCAAAUAAAGUACCAAACGGUAAUACCGAGUAUUGAACUUUUGUACAGCAAGCAGUGAUAAUUAGUUUUUCUACUAUCAAAAGAGUUUAUAAUAUUUAUGGGAAACAUUCCAAAACAUAGGCAUAGAAAAUAGAAUGUGUUCUUUAGUACCUUCUAUUUGUAGCAAUUUCACUUUCCAAAUUUAAGCUACAAUUGAUAAUUGUAGCUGUAUUCUACCUGAGAUUGCCUUUACAGUUCAGAUAUAACAUACUUUUGAAUUGUAUGCUCUCAUUUUUUAUUUGCUAUUUAUGAGCCGUCACUUUCACUGUGAAUGCUGAUUUGUCUAUGCUAGUUUAAUAUGGUUAUACUUUUCAUACCAACGAACUUUCGUACUUCUUAAUUUUUAAGUGUUUUUAAAUUGUCUCAAGUACUUCCAACAUGUAGUGUUAUACAAAACUAAUCACAAACAUGAUACCUCAGUGUUUAUUUGAUUAUAUUUAUGUGCAUGUUUUAUACUCGGUAUGUCAGUUAAAUACUAAGACUGCAUUUUUAAGUAUAUGUGACUGAUGGAUAAGCAUUUCUCUUCAUUCUAAAUUUUCGUGUAUUUUAUUUAAACAGAUUUCCUUGGGUAAAUUCAAAUGCAUGUUAUCCCAUUCAAUCAGAAAACAUCGAAUAUUAUAAUUGUAAUGUAAUAAUUCAGUUCAGACUUGAAAUCAAUAAAAUAGCCCGUGUAAUUGUUGGAUCUUUACAGUUCGUAAGUAUCAACUGUCAUUUUUCAGCACAAAUACUCCAAAACUUUCGUUAAUGAUUAUUAGAAGUAGAAUUAAGAGGAUUGAAGUGCAGAAAUCAUACUCACAAGGCUAUGUAUCCAGGAAAAAAUUUCAAUUGAUGUUAAUUUUUUUAGAAUGCUAGAGUCUGAAUUUGAAAUCUAUAAGGAUAUAUAUACCUAGGUACCUUUCCCAAAAAAUGACAGAGAAAUAAUUUCAACUAAUUAUUCUAUCGUAUGACAAUUCACCUAAUGUGUAGCAAUUUUUUACCUUAAUAAGAGUUAGCUCGUAUGAGAAAUACCACUAUUUUGAAAUUUUAAUCUUCUUAGAACAGUUAUUAAGGUUUUUGUCUUAUCAAAACACUAAUAAUGAAAGAAGAACAAAAAUAACAGUCCUUAAAGACACAACAAAAGUAAUUAUAUCCUAAUCUCUUUAGUUUUGUGCCAUUAGUACUUAUAUUUAAAUUAUAUAAAAACACCAUACUUUAGACGUAAUGCAUCAAUCUGAACCAGUCUUUCUAUUUAACUUGACAUUCUAUGUACAAAUUAUAUAUAUAAUUAUUUAGAAAACAAUGUUGUGUAUUAUUCGUGUCUUUAUUGCUACGUGUGUGUGGAAAAUAGCUGCUUUUAAGUAAUUUGUUGUUUGAAAUGUUUAAAAUAAUUUCUGAUUUAAUGUUCUAUACAAAAAAGCAUUUAUUCGUAACCUUACUCAUCAAAAAUAACUUGUCAUUCUUUGACAUGUUAUUUUAUCUUUUGCAACUGUCUGUAUUUCUGCAUUUUAGAAUAUUAAUAUGUCGUCAUUAAUACUCUUGUUCUUUUUUUUUUUUUUUCCUAUUAGAAUUUAAAAAUGUGCAUUGCUUAAAACUGCAUUCAGUGUUAGGAAAAUCUGCAUCUAAAUUAUUUUCAGUUGGGUAUAGCCAAAUUUUGGUUAUAUUUGACAUGCUUAUUAUUUUUAAGUAACUGGAAUGAGCAAUUUUGAAUUAGCAGAAAUUUCUCUUCUAGAUUUAAUCAUAGAGGUUAUUGAUAAGAAAAUUUGAUACAUCCAUUUGAAAGUUUCAUCUUUUCGUAUAUACCCGUUUUUGAGUUAAUUAAGCAGCUUUUGACAUUUUAUUUAUUAAUAUAUGUAUAUAUUCUUUAUUUACAUUUUAUUUUACUUAUUUAUUUACCUGCAUUUUUGUGGGGCGAUAUGGCCAAAGAUGGCUCUUACGCUAAAAGACUUAACUAAGCUCUAUAUUUUUUUGUAUUAUGUAGUGCUUUUUCAAAUAUUAUAUCUCAAAUAUUUAUUUAUUAUUUAUAAAGUAUUCAUUUUCAUCUGUUUCCAAAUUAAUGAAUUUGAAGGUUUAAAAUAUCUUUUUUUUUAUUUAUUUAGUUAAUUUCUAGGUUUUUGCAUUAAAAUAGGCAAGCAGUAUAAUUUUUUAUUGACUUUUAUAUGAAAAUGACUUUUUUAAAGUGCAUUUUAAUCAGUGGCUGAUGUCACGCAUCUAAAAUAAAACUUGUGUAAGACCACCACAUAUGAUUUUGACUGAUUUAAAUGCGUGAUUACUACAAUAAUCGCAGUAUACAAAUGAAGAAGUGAAUCAAAUAUUCUCAUUCGUUGUGAAAAUAUUCAUUCUUUAAACAAAAUGUCCAGGAGCAUUAAUUAAAGUGUACAUUAUUUACCUACCAAUUGUGAAUUAGAUAUUUAGGGAAUGAAGAAUUAAUAUUUUAAUUUUCGCCUGUUGUACUGUUAGUAUCGCAAGUAAAGAAAUUUUCAUUUUCUUAGAAAAAGGAUAAAAAAGUCUGUAAUAAUAUUCUGUUUCUUUACUUGAAAAAGCAUUUGAAAUAUAUUAGUUUGUUACAAUUUAGAUUUUUAAAAAUUUAUAAUAAAUAAUAUAUACUUCAAUAGCUUUUAUAAAUUCUUGCUGUACCUUUUCUUGUUGGUCGAUAAGGCUACCAUAAAAAAAGUUAGAAUUUUUGAGCACCAUCACAGUUAAGAUAGUAACUUUAGGAUAUGGCCGUCAUGAAAUAUAUAUGUAUUGAUAAACCCUAUUGUGAAUUAGUAUUGUUAGUAAAACAAAAUAUUACACAAAAAGUAAUUCAUACUUAAUGUCAAGUAUUGUGGUCCUUAUAUAAGAGUUAAAUCGUUUUUUGCAAAUUUUCAUUGGAGCACCCUGUUAUCUUGAUUAUUCUAAUGUUUUCGAAUUUUUAACACAUUUAAGAACAGUGCGUUUAUAACUGCCAUUUGUAUAUAACUGCAACAUAAAUACAAAUGAAGACCUCUUCAAUUAAAAAAAAAAAUUACAAAAAUGUGUUUUUUAGUUUUUACAAUCUCUAGGUCUCUCUAUAUAUAUUUCGAAAGAAAGGUCAUUUUAACCUACAAAAUAAAAAUAUGACAUUGCUAGUUCUACUCACAUUUUAAAACUGUCCGUGAAUGUGUUAAGACAAAUUCUAGGGAUCACUACCACCAUUGAAAUUUCAGAUGCAAGGAAAAUUAGAAUGAAAUAACUUCUAUUAAAUUAAUUCUAUUUAUUAAACAUUUCAUGACAAUCGAAAAGAAUUUCUACUUGUUAGUGAUUAAACAAGCCCAUGAAGCUAAAGACAAUUACUGUUUAUUUAUAUACUUACCUUUUAGACAUCAAAGUAAUUUUUUUAGAAUCCUGAUAUUGCUUUACUUUUUACUUUUGCUUUAUUAACAAUAACAUGUAUUGUUUUUCGUUGUUUGUCUGAAUUUUCUCAUCUUUCAUCAGCGACAAUCUACAUUCUGUCUACAUUAUUUAUCAUUCUUGAUAAACCAUAUAUUGCUUUGUAUUUCUUGUAGGACCUGUGUUUCUUCCAUUCUGUUACGUCUUUUUUUGCAAAAAUUCUGAUGGUAUGCCUAAAAUUUUUUUUUAAAAAAAAAUCUUAUCAGUUAAUACAAAAUCAUGUACCCUUUCUGAAGGUUACAUCUGAAUUAUCUCCGGCUCAUUUCUAGAACGUAUCAUUUUCUUCCGUUUUCAAAGCAUGGCCCAUUUACCAUUUCGUUUCUUAAGAAGCAUAGUCGUUACAGGAAACACACCAAGGCAAUAAAUUUCUCUGACAGAUACUACAAAUGUCCAAGAAACUUGUUUGUUACAUACAAAUUACAUUAUUAUGUUGUAUGUUUAUGCUCUUUGAGGCUUUCCUAGAGCGGCAAAACAUUUCUUGGGGCAAAACAUGCAGAUGCUGCUUACAAUCAACUAUUGACAUAACUUUUGCAAAUGAAUAAGUGAGAAUUCCAUAUUCUUGUUCAGAAAAUUCAAAAUUUAGAAGCUGUUAAUUUGGCAUGACGCAUCUCCCUAAUUGUAUUUUCGACAAUUACCUCUUAACUUUUUCUUUAAAAAAAUGUUUGUGUGCGAAAGUGACAGUGACAAAAAAAGUCCCCUUCCUUGUUCUAUUUAAAGAUGUUUUUAUUGCAAUGAAAGUUAUGUUUGACUCUUCAAGUUACUACAUAAAAUUUCCUUCAAAAUACUUUAAAAGAUGCAUAUUUUCGGCUUGCAUCGAAUGUGGAAUGAUUUUUUUUUCUGACAUUUAAUCAGUAUGUAUUACUGAAAAGCAUUUUCUAGUGUGAAAUAUAUGUGGUUUUCUUAUACAAGUAGAAAUGGAUAUUUGUAAAUGUAUAACAUACGAUUUUUAUGAGCUAGAUAGAAUAAAAUACAUAGAUUAAAGCUUUAAAGUUGAAAAAUAUAUUUUGAGUUUGUAAUAGAAUUGUGAUGACAAUAUUUUAUGAUUUAUUUUUCCUUCUAUUUGUAUUUUAGAAGCUAAUGCAAAUGUGUCUGCGUAUUAUAUUGAAUGACUUAAUUUGUGAAUACUGCAUAAUUCAUUUGCUCAAAGAACAACUUGUGGUUUUUCAAGAAAGAUGUAUAGGUUAACUUAAUUUUUUUUUUCCCCUUGAAAAGGAAAGGACCUGUUCUCUCUCAUUUAUUAUACGCUUAUGUGGGGUUUUUUAUUAUUAUUUUAAUAUUAUAUUUUUAUACUAUCAUUCCAUUUGCUUAUUCUUUGUACUGCAGUUUGAUUUUAUUACUAUUUCUGUGUUCUGCUAUUUUAUUUUGACUACUAUUUGUAUAUUUUUAAAUGUAAAUUGUGUAUUCGGGUUAUUGAAACUAAAGAGCUUAAUUCUAUUCCUUUUUAUCUUUUAAAAAGUAGGAAGUUCUUUAAAUAAUAUAAAAUUUGGAAAUUUUCUUUACCACCCUUACAUGUAUUCUGCUCCAUUAAAUUGAAUAAAACAAGUUGUAAAUGAUUUCAUUUUAAUAAAACUCUGUACUUUUGUAAUGGAAAUUGUACCUCUCUCUCUCUCUCUCUCUCUUUCUCUUUCACUUUUAGGAAAAUAACUAAACUUCAUUUGCUUUUAAAAUUCUAAUUACCAUAUCCUUUUUUUUUUUUUACUUGUUUCCAAAUUAAAUCAUAAAGUAAUUUUAUCUAUUGAAUUAUACUUUAUCGUAACCAAACUCUCCUCUUCCUUUAACGUCCCUCCCCUUUUUGUGUCAUUUCAUUUGUGUAUAUUUGUGACAGAAUCUCUUUUCUUUCUUCUGUAUUUCCGCGUGAUAUUAAUGGUAGCUGAUUGUUAUGUCAAAGUUUUUAAUGAAAAUUAUUUUCUAGAAGUAGAGUAAUUCAAAGCAUGAAUUGUCUUUUAUUCUGAUAAUUUGAAACGCAAUGUAAGAAUGCUGAAUAAUUCAUUACUAAAUCAGAACUAUGUAAUUUUAACAUAAUAUCUUUACUUUGUAUGUUCAUAUUUAAAAUUAUUCUCAUAUCUUACAUAAUAUUUUAGUGAAAUAUUUACCUUAGAUAUGUAAGGGAACUGUUCAAUUAUCAUUAUUUUUAAAAGUAAUUUUUAAAAACUAAGUUUAUAUUGCAUGUGUAGCAGGAUAAGUGAAGAAUAAGUUGAACGGCUGUGAUGGCACUUCUGUGAUCAAAUAAGCUUUAUUUUACUUUCGAUUACAGCAAAACUGGAUGUGACAUUCGACAAACACAUUAAAAAAAAUUUCUGCCUUAAAAAAUCGUCAACUAAAACAUAUACAAUGAAAAUACAGAAAGAUUGUAAAGCGGUUGCCCUUCAUUAUAACUGAUCUAGAAGAUGCUUAAAGAGAUUAGACAAUGGAUUUCAGAUAACUACAGGCUACACUUUAUAGGCUCUGUGGCCAGUGAUUCAUCUAACGGAAAUAAACAUCAACACAUCUGCUGUGAUCAUGAGAGAAGAUGUUCGAAUCAUUUUAAGAGACUUGCCAAAAAGAUUGAACAUUUCAUUGAAUACUGCUCACAUGUUCACAAAAUGCCCGUCACAAUGUUUGUGUGCCGUGGUUCCGAGGCUGUUCAUCAUUAUCUUUCAAAAAAUCAAUAUGAGAUGUGUUCCCUUUCUUCCUUGUAAACCUGAUUCAGCAUUAUGCGAUAUAUAAUUUCACGAAUCUGAAUAAACACCUCCGGGGUAAACGUUUUCGAUCAUCAGAGGCACUGAUGAAAGCUGGUGGGAGGUGGUUUUGGGAGACCUGUGAAAAAAUGACUCCAGCAAUGUGUUUGAAAUCUAAAAAAAGAGAAAAAAGCUAGAUAAAUUCAUUACGUGUAAUGCAGAGUACUUUGAAAUAGACCUUUAAUGUUUGGAGUUUUCUUAAGUAUCUAUAAUUAUUUUUUAUUGAUUUGUGACCCAUCUUUUAUUGAACAGUCUACGUAUAUAGUUUGUAUAAUAAGAAUUCAAGCAGCUAUUCCAUGAAUUUACAAUCCUAUUAAGAGUGAACAGCUUUGAAAAAAAAAGCUAAUUAAAAAUAAGUAAUUGUAACAUUUUUCUGUUUGGUUUCAAUAAUAAUCAUUGUGUGCCUUGUUUGUUUUCCAUUUUUGUAAUUUAAUGGCUUAAAUCAAGUUUAUUAUUUUAAAAAUAAAUGUUUGUGGCGGAUUAUUAUUUAAAAAGAACUUUAAGUUCGCUAAGAAUUUUUAUAAUCUCACAAUCAUAAGCAAGGAGCUUGACUAUCUCAAAUAUUACAAAGGAAAAAAAAAUUUCAGUUUAGAGCAUUGGCAAAUUAGUCUCAGCAUAGAUUUUUUUUUUUUUAUUGAGAAGUAGUAUUGUACUUUCAGAAUGUUAGAUUCAGAAAAAAUCGAUUUUUUUUUUUUUCUUUAUUCUUCUAGAAACUUUCAGAUGUUUAAUAAAUACAGAAAACCAUGUGCAGUAUAUCACCACAAUAUUCAUAUUAUCAAAGAAUAAUUUAUUUGAAAUCUGAUCAAAGAAAUCCAUCUUGAAAAGUGAAAUGCUAGAGAAUUUCUUCACAAAAGAGAUGAGUUGAAUGUUGUAAAUCCAUAGGUAUAUAUUUUAAUAUGUAGAUAGAAACUUUUUAAUUAAUCAUUGUUUGCUGAAAAUUUCACUCUUUUUAAAAAGAUAUUGAUGUAGUUUCUAUGAUAAAUUCUUUAAAUUUCUUAAUGUUAUUUUAGAUCAGUGAACUCUUUAUAAUGCCUUAGCUCAUUGAAAUUAUUUUUUUUAAUUAUAUAAGCAAUAUAAUUAUCAAAAAUUCGGAAGGAAAAAAAAUGAACUUCAUGAAAACAGUGAAGAUAUAUUUUUAAUACAUUUUGCUAUACUUGCAACCGAAACUACAGAUCUGUACUACUACAAGCAGAACUGUAGAUCUUUUUUUUUCUUUCGGUCAGUUAUCCAUUAAAAUGAAUUGAAUUUUGAAGAAAAACGGAAGUUUGUGGUGGAUCUUUUAACAUUUAUCACAGUAAAAACUUGCUAAUGUUUUUUCUUUCUUCUUUUUACUAAAGCGCGUUAGAUUAAAUCAUCAAGCUCUCAAAACUUCAUUUUUACCUGUAAGUAUAAAAAGGGUUAUUUUUGCUUUUUCAUUAGCCAUGACAGUAAUAGUGAAAGAAAAUUUAGGAACAUUUAAUCAAAUGUUUAUGUAUGAGUUAAUUUGUUUUGAAACCGUGAUCAAAUUAUUCUAUAUAAAAGCACUACUAGGCAUGUAUUUUUUAUUUUCAUCAUUGAUUUCUAUUUUUAUUUUAUUCCGAGUGAACUUAUUAUACAAAUUGGAGUCUUUGAAUGGAAAAUAGUUUCUCUCUUUUCAAUAAUUUCUAAAUUUGCAGCUGUCCAAAAUCCAGUUUUGCAUUAGUUGAAGCAGCUAACUCUUGCUUGGUGUUUAAAAUUCUCAGGUUGUUGCUUAGUUAGCAUUUAAUAAUUUUUUACAUCUUCUUCAAAUUGAUAAAUGUUAGAUGUGAAAGUAAAAAGUAUUUAUAUGAAUUCGAAUAAAAAAAUAUUACAAUCAUAUUUAAAGUGACACUGCUCAACAUAUAUAAAUAUGUUAAGCAAUGUAAAUUAAGAUUGUAAAUUUGGAAUUAAUUGUAGGAAAUUGCUUAUGUUUAAGAUACUCUUAAUAUUAUUUGUAUUAAAAUUACAAAUUAGCUUUUUGAAUUACAAUGCACUUUUUUGUAAUUUAAAAACAUCGAAG